UGUAGGCUGAUCUUUUAAAAGUGGACCGAAAGAGGACACCUUGGCUACUUGUUUUAUUCCAUGUUCCAUGGUAUAACAGUAACAAGGCUCACCGAGGUGAAGGGGACCGUAUGAUGCAAGCCAUGGAACCAUUGCUAUAUGCUGCCGGUGUAGAUAUUGUUCUUGCUGGCCACGUACAUGCUUAUGAACGCUCGAAACGUGUCUAUGGUGGAAGAUCAGAUUCUUGUGGUGCUGUCCACGUAACAGUUGGUGAUGGAGGCAACAGAGAAGGUUUAGCCAGCAAGUAUAUAAAUCCACAGCCAGAGUGGUCUGUCUUCCGUGAAGCAAGCUUUGGUCAUGGCGAGCUCAAGAUAGUGAAUUCAACUCAUGCUCUCUGGAGCUGGCAUAGGAACGAUGACGAUGAACCAGUGAGAUUUGAUGAGGUCUGGAUAACCUCUUUGGUCAGUUCAGGCUGCCUUGCUGAUAAGAGGCCUGAACUAAGGAAGAUCCUCCUCGCACCUUAGCACCAGUAAUAAGAGUGGUGCGUGCAUGCUUCUAUAA